CCCCAGAUGUAGUUAUCCUCAGGUCACACGGUCCAAAGAGCUGAAAUAGACACGUUUGAUCUAACAGGAGAAAAGAUGCAAUGUAUAGAAGCCAUGUCUUAAAUUCGUAACCGCCCGCUUUGUUAUGCCUUGCGGAGGUCGAUCAAGUCUCAGUAUUUUGUCUUCAAGCUAUUCUCUCAUUGUUCUGCCCUGGUCUAUUCAGGCGUAGUGACCCCAACGAUCCUCCUCCUACCAUGUUUCACGACGGCUCGAUUUUUGACAAGUCGGGAAGUCGACUCAAAACACUUUCUGAAAAGUUACACGACAACGACGAUGCACUCGGCCAACACUUACCAGGCCUUGCCAAACUCUUCGAGGACAUUGUUGACACCGACACCGAUGUCCCUCGAGAAGAAUCAAUCCGUAGACUUUUACAAGUAUUUUGGAAGUCAGAAUCCGACAGCACGUAUAGCGGAACUCUCAACCGCUAUUCGAACGAAGAAAGAGAAUUUAUAAAAGCGUUCGUGGAAGGUGAAAAGCCCGCAAAAGACAUCUGCGAUAAGUUUGAACUGGGAGUAUCGCUUGGUGCUCGUGAAGAACUUCCUGUUCUAGAAAAGGAGGGUGAUGGGCCCUUGAAUUCUGUCACAGAAGCUGCUGAAUCAUUGGCCUCCACUAUCUCCGAAGUUAUCAAGGGUGGUGAUGAUGUCGCUCUCUAUAAUGACGAGAUGGGGAAGUCGAAGAUUGCAACGUACCUCAACGAGAAGUUCCAGAACUGGGGUCUUACUGUCAAGAAUAUACCUAGUCUCACUUAUGUCCCGAGUACAUCCUAUGGUAUCCAACAGAUUGUGAAAUAUGCGAAAGCUCACAACUUGAAAGUGAGAGCCUCCGGCUAUCGUCAUUCAUGGUCACCAGUUUUUGGCGAGGAUGGCCAGAUUAUUAUCUCAACUCUAGGCUUGUACCGAGCGACCGUACUCCCAAACCUCGAAUCCCUUCCAGGAUCCGAAUAUUUUGUUCGUGGCACUGAACUCAACAGCAUCGACUUUGUGGGACAGCCACAAAAGGGGAAGAAGCGAUUCGUUCGCGUAGGGACCGCGGUUACCAAUCAGAUGUUCAGAGUAUGGUGUAACAAACAAGAACUAGACGCUGCUUCGAGUCUCCCCAUCAACGUUAUUAUGGUGGAGAUCACGUUCGGAGGCUCCAAUGCUCCUAUUUGUCAUGGGGCGGGCCGCAGGCAUCCUACUCUCAGUGAUCUGGUACAUGCCAUCGAAUAUGUGGAUGUGAAUGGCAAUAUACAGACUAUCAGCAAGGACGCAGAUCCCAACUUCAUGGCUGUGGCUAGUGGAUGCUUCGGAUUGCUGGGAAUCGUCACUCAUAUCACCCUGGAGCUCGAUCCUAUGACAUACGCAGUUAUGAUGCCUCAAAAAAUACCAGUCAUGCAAGCUAUCCCACCUCCACCUGGGUUAGACGAGAAGGAAAUCCCAGAGGCUCUGAGGAUUGAUAUGACGCCGCAACAGCGUGCCGAAGCCCAGGCAGCCUUUGAGAGGCACGCGGCAGAUGACUUCUACUCCGAAUGGUUUUGGUUCCCAUACACAAGCAAGGUCUGGGUUAACUGUUGGAACGUUGUAGAAGACAGCAUAGGAUCGCAAGAAUACCCAAGCAAAGCUGACGUCCUGCUCCAACUCGCCGAGACUCUCGCCAUACAAAUUAUUCAGGACUCUGAUGCCAUUCUCAAGCUACAGAACAUAUUCCCAUGGACACAGGCCACAUUGGUGUCAAAAUUCGGCCUGUACGCUAUGCCGGAAGUUACUGAUCCGAAAAAAGCGAUCAAGACGCCACUUCCAGAUGCGCUACACUUCCGGAGAGCUAUCCAAAACGUCAGGGUACGAGAUAUCGAAGUCGAGAUCCCAUUACAACCGAAGGUCGGUAGCUUGAAAGACGCAGGGCCAAACGACCCAAUCGACUGGUCUUUCGUGCAAAAAGCAUGGUGGGACGCGAUAUUGGCGGCUUACAAGUGUAAGGACACAUGCCCACAGCGUAUGCCCCUAGAAAUGCGCAUCACAGGUCCUUCCAAUGUGACCAUGGCGCCAUUCCGAGGACACAACCUCGGUAGCUGUUCGAUCGAGGUGCUAACGCUGCAGAAUAUGGAGGCGGAAUGGAAUUCGUAUGCUCAAUAUGUACUUGACCAAUGGAUGGCGCUUAAAGACAAGGACGGGAAAUACCUCGAUACACGACCUCAUUGGGCCAAGGAUUGGGUGAACACGACCGUUCGCGGGCGUCCGAUGGUUGAAUAUAUGAAGGAAUCGUAUCGAGAUGCUAUUGUCAAGUUUCGGGAAACGAUGGGUCAGAUUGCGGAGAGACAGGGUUGGGAUCUAAAGGAGGCGCAAGGUCGAUUUAGCAACGAGCUCUUCGACAAGAUCUUCUUCAAACGGGAGGACUAGAAGCGCGUAAGUCGUAUAUUGUAAAAUAGAAUAUUUUAGAACUUCGCUUCUUUCGGAAUGGGAAGGAUUGCAUCAAGAACUUCACUGCGUGCCCUCAUCUACCUUAGGAUUAUUACAAUCAUGCCCAUACGAAUAAGAAAAAUAGAAAAGAGAACAAAAGAAAGAGGAAUGAGAGAAAGAAGAUUGAUAAGAAGAAUAU